UGCACCUGUACCUUCCUAGACCACAUGGAGAUAAUCGAUGUAUUUCGUAAAUUGAAUUUUUUUUUCCUUUUUGCGCGUACGAUUCGGUUUCCCUAGCAAGCUUCCACUUCACCUCUGGACCUCCGACAGAGCCUGCUGAACCGGGAGAGAACUGGCAAGGCGGGAGACAUUUUCAAACUGCGAGCUGACCACUAUUUCACCGACCACAACGCCAACGAACACCGCCGACCUACGACGCCGACACCGUCACGAACGACGACAUCCGAGUUUCUACCUGCCCGCCACCUCACCCCACCGUCCGCCGCACCUUUUCGUCCCUUGUGCCGCGGCGAACCACCACGACCUCGUCACCACCUUUAUACCGUCGUCACCAUGUCCCGCGCAUCCGCAGCUCCGCCCCCAAUGCCUUCUUUAGCCAAGCCCGUCGCCAUCCCCGUCGAGUCCUCGCUGUGGGACCGCCUCACCAAUUGGGCUUCGGAGAACAAAGCGCUUACCUACACCAUCGCCGGUGCUGUCGUGGUCGUCACCGGUGCCGGCGUUGUCUACUAUCUCAAUGAUUCGUCCAAGAAGCCCGUUGCGCAAUCCAGGCCGAGCAAGAAGGAGAGGAGGAGACGGAAAGAAGCAGAGCGUCAGGCCGAGGCCGCAAAGUCCUCCGAAUCCGGCGAGAACUUCAAAACCGUCGUAGUAGAGGUCGCCGAGGAACUCCCCGAGAUUAACGAAGAGACCGUCGUCGCAUUUACUGACGGCCAGCGUCGCGAUUACGCCCUCCAGCUAAAGAACGCCGGCAACAAAGCAUACGGCGGCAAGGACUACAGUCGCGCUAUCGACCUCUACUCGAAGGCUAUCUUGUGCAAGCCCGACUCCGUCUUUUACUCGAAUAGAGCAGCCUGCUACAAUGCUCUGAUGGUAUGGGACAAGGUGGUCGAGGACACCACUACCGCCAUCAGCCUCGACCCCACAUACGUGAAAGCUCUGAACCGAAGGGCGAACGCUUACGAGCAUCUCUCCCGCUUUAGCGAGUCGCUGCUCGACUACACCGCCAGCUGCAUCAUCGACGAGUUCAAGAGCGAGUCCAGCACUGCCGCCGUCGAGAGGCUGCUGAAGAAGGUUGCCGAGCAGAAGGCCGAGGAUGUCAUCAGAUCCAAGAACCCCAACAAGUUGCCCAGCCCGACGUUCGUCUCCAACUACAUCCAGAGCUUCCGCGUAAAACCCCGCCCCGAGGGGUUGGAGGACUCGGUGGAGCUGUCGGAGUCUACCGGCAAGGGACAGUUGCAAGUCGGGCUGAAGGCCAUGGAGAAGAAAACGCACGAGGGAUACGAAGAGGCGGCGGCCGCUUUCGAAAAGGCGCUGGAAUAUGGCGAUUUGGACGGGUACGAGGCUCUCGCCUACAACCUGCGAGGCACUUUCCGAUGCCUGCGCGGAUCGCAAGAGCUAGCUUUGCGCGACAUGGAUAAGAGCAUCGAGCUCGACCCCACUUACACGCAAAGCUACGUCAAACGGGCGAGCAUGCAUCUAGAGAUGGGUGAUCGGGACAGUGCCGCCGCCGACUUGGAGCACGCCGUGAAGCAGAACGAGGAGGAUCCCGACAUCUACUAUCACCGUGCCCAGCUCCACUUUAUCCACAGCGAGUUUCAGGAUGCUGCCAAGGAUUACCAGAAGUCCAUCGACCUCGAUAACUCGUUCAUCUUUUCUCACAUCCAGCUCGGCGUGACCCAGUAUAAGAUGGGCUCGGUCGCGUCGUCCAUGGCCACCUUCCGCCGAUGUGUCAAGAAUUUUGACAAGGUCCCCGACGUGUAUAACUACUAUGGAGAACUGCUGCUCGACCAACUUAAGUACGAGGAGGCUAUCCAGAAGUUUGACACGGCCAUGGAGAUGGAGAAGCAGACCAAGCCCUUGGCGAUGAACGUCCUACCGCUUAUCAAUAAGGCGCUGGCCCUCUUCCAACAAAAGUCGGAAUUCACCGAAGCCGAGAAAUUGUGCGAAAAGGCACUGAUCAUCGAUCCUGAGUGCGACAUUGCUGUGGCCACGAUGGCCCAGCUGCUGCUCCAACAGGGCAAAAUUAACGAGGCGCUCAGGUACUUUGAGCGCGCGGCCGAGCUCGCCCGAACACCGGGAGAGAUCAUCAACGCGCUUUCGUACGCCGAAGCCACGCGGACGCAGAUUCAAGUACAAGAAAAGUACCCGCAACUAGCAGCGAAGCUGCAAGGGAUGGGGGCCGGCGCCGCCGGAAUGGGGGGUGGCGCAUUUCCCGGCGCCCGUUGAAAUCGGUCGAUGAUGAUGAGACGAUGUUCGGACGAUCACGACCCGGCCCCCUCCCCCGCCCCCUUCCUCCCCCCCUACCUACACAAAAAUACACAACUAUGAGUAGUACCAACCACGAAACAAUCGACCGUAUCCGGGCCAGGUCGGCUACGCGACCUCUCGACGUCAAGGUUCAUAAUUUGCUUCGGGUUGACGCAAAGCAGUACAUGACGCGCUCCGCUACAGAGAGGAAGAAGAAAAGUACCUAGUCGCCAUAUAGCUACGGGCGUCGGCCGAGGCUUGGCAUAACUAUCCAACGACCCUGAACAACAAUGAUUAGUUGACGAGGGUAUCGUCUCAAUCCAUUGUACCUAGUCCUGUACAUAGUUAACCGCUUACAUUUUCCUUAUUGUGAAUACCCUGGCCGAUCGAGACAACUGUGUUUCCGGGUUGUUUUAUCGCUAGCAUUACGAUCGUUGGUGGGCUUCCCGUCUCCUUUUCUCCUUUGUUUUUUUUUAUUAAAAAAAGUAUAAAAAAGAAAAGAGACGGGAAAGGGGGAGGAGGAAGAGGGGGAGGGGGGAAGCCAGCGGGUAUAUGGCUCCACGUCUCAAGAACCUGACGACGUCGCAUGCUGCUUCUGCCACCUCGGCUAUGCUUAUUAUUCUAAUGAACAACAAUGUAUCGAUAAGGCUAGCUCACAUAGUUAACACUGUAUCGGGAUAUGCCUCCCA